GCGAGAUGUAAAUAUCGUAUCUUGGUAACAGGCUCCAUUGCGCCUAGAGAUUUUCGUAAGCCGAAGUUCUCUCCAUAACUGUUAAAAAUGACGGGUGACUCAGAAAUACCGGAUAGUAUGCCACCUCCACAUAUCUACGUAGAAAGAACUCUAGCAAUUAUAAAACCAGAUGCUGUACACAAAGCAGAGGAAAUUGAAGAUAUUAUACUGAGAUCAGGAUUUGCCAUCUUACAGAGGAGACGAGUGCACCUUACUCCUGAGCAAGCUAGCGACUUUUAUGCAGAGCACUAUGGCAAGCUUUUCUUCCCUAGCCUUGUGGCUUACAUGAGCAGUGGGCCAAUCAUACCAAUGGUCAUUGCUCGUCAUCAAGCCAUUACAUACUGGCGAGAACUUAUUGGGCCUACAAAUACCAUUAAGGCUCGCCAAACGCACCCUGACUGCUUGAGAGCGAUCUAUGGAACUGAUGACCAAAGAAAUGCCCUUCAUGGAAGUGACGGAUUGGCUAGUGCCCAAAGAGAAAUUCGCUUCUUUUUCCCAGACAGCAUUGUUGAGCCGAUUACAACAGGUCAGGCAGCCAAAGAUUAUCUGUGUAGAGCUGUGAAUCCCACAUUGCUCAAAGGCCUUACAGAACUGUGCAAACAGAAACCUAAGGAUGCUGUGAUUUGGCUAGCAGACUGGCUGUUGACAAACAACCCAAACAAACCCAGGAUUGAAAAUCCAAUUGUUGAAGAAUCAAUCUAAGCUACAGUGAGGUUCAAGGGUUUUUUUUUUCAUCCCUAUAAACCAGCUUCCUUCUUUACAGGACCGGCCCACAAACCUUUCACUACAAAUAUCUAUAGACUGCAAUUUUACGUGUGGCACAUGACUGUAUUUGGUUCUGCAUUGUCUGCUUUUAAGGAGAGGUCAUUUAAGAAGUAAAACUGCAGUGUAUUUCAUUCAACCAACAACUAAAACAUCAUCUUUUUGUUGGACUGCUUAAAAGCGAAUGCGUUAAUCCUAAGGGCUUGCAUUCAAAUUGAUCUGUAUUUUGUUGUAUCUGCCAGUCGGCAAAGAUUAGUCUGUUUUGUUAAUGUUUUCCCUCUCUCCCUGCAUAAGAGAAUCCUUAACUAUAGAACUAGGUGGAGGAGGGGAAAAUUUAUUCCAAUAUUGACAUUUAAAGAUCAACCUGAAUGGUUUGCAUUUUUUGCAGAUAUCGGUAGCUAUAGGUAAUAUAAACCUAACCUAUAAAUCUCACCUUCCAAAACCCAUUCAUUAAUUAUUUGCUAGCAAAGUAUGUGAUUCACACCUGCGCGGUAACAGUGUAUUAUGUUACGCUAGUGCUCCAUUCACAAAGUUGCCAGCAGUCAACACCAAACAGAGAAUGAGCAACAGUCAGUUUGGAAUCGUAGUGGAUAUUUAAUGGAUGGAUUUUGGAGGCUGAAAUUUACAGUUAGUUUUACAUCACCUUUAUCUACUGACGUCUGAAAAAAAAAAAUACAAACAGUUCAGGUUGGUCUUUAAUAGAUGAAUGACUUGUGGAAGCAUCACCCACACAAAACUUCAACUGUUUUUGUCUCUGGGAUUGUGUUUGUGUGUGCACACAUGCAUGACUUAUGAUGGCAUCAUGCAACAGUAAAAAGUGUUUACGUUUCUUAAUCACAAA